AUGUGCGCCAGUGUUGGCUCGAUCGCAGAGCAGCGGGGCCCUGCCGACGGCAGGGCGGGCAGUGGGCAAGGGGUUCCUGGCGGCGGCGGGAGCGGCUGCGAAUUUACGCACUGGGCGCACUUCAGGCUUGCAAGCCGCGCCGCGCUCGGCGCCCUGCUGAGGCACCAGCUCCACACGGCGCUGCUGCGGGACGCCCUCAGCGCGCUGACCGCCGCAGCGGACGAGGACGGCGUUGACAGUGGUGGUGGUGGCGGUCGCGGCAGCGGCAUCAUGCAGCUGGCGUUUGAGGGCCGAGUGGCAAAGCAGCUGGAGUCGCUGUUCAGGCGCGGGGACGAGUUUGGCGAAGGCUGCGAGCUGCUGCUAUUGCUGCGGCCAGGGGGCGGGGGAGCGGCGGCGCAGGCGGACGACUUUGUGGCGCGGCUGGCCGCUCUGGCGGAGAGCCCGGGGAUGGGUGCUCUGCAAGCGAGCGGCGGGGCAACGGUGCCUGUCGACGACGCGGGCAGUGUCGCGGCGGCGGUGGCGGCGGCGGGGGCCGACAUAUCGCAUGUGCUGAUUGCGCGUUUCCCCUCGAUCGCGCGCGCACAUGCGUUCCUGAAAUCGCCGCCGUGCGCGGCGGCAGAGCUGUGCGACGCGCGUCUGCCGCUGCACCUGCACAUGGCGCUGGCGGCCGUGGUGGAGCCCGGGGACGAGGCUUCCACAAGGGUGCAGGGUGUGUAG